AUGGAUGGAGAAAGUGUGCGCAGUGGACGAAGUGAGAAAAGCGACCGUUCUCGUAGGUCGAAACGCACUCAGCGAACAAGUAAUGCUCCGUCUAGUCAACCCGCGUGUAUGUUUCAAGGACAAGUAAAAAGUGCAUUAGCUUCUCCUCCUAACCAGCCACUAGCUAUUGGCCAGAGUAUGCAAAAUGUAGACACAGUUGUCCGUCAGUCUCAAUGCAGUUUAAUGCCAGUUGUCCAGCGACCUCAAAUGAGCAUGUUUCCACAGCAGCCAUUAGGAAUGCAACAGCCAAAUCCUCAUCCUUAUACAUUAGAAACGUGGAUUCCCCCCGUGAUGCCAAUGAAUCCCAAUUUUUCCUCUUGUUCUCAGCCAAGUAUGUACGUCCCUAACGCUCAGAAUUGGACUGAUCAAUCUGUACAGCAAUUAUAUGCCCAGCAAAUGAUUCAUCCGUCCAUGCCUACUCCAUUCACCUGUCCUCCAAUCUGUGUAGGGGUACAGUCGAAUCAACUUCCGUCACAACAGCAUCAAAUCGGUUCUUUCGUUUCCCCUGGACAACAACAUCCUUUAGCACAAACUGCUGCAUCUUAUGUUUCAUCUUCCCAGAUACCUUCUCAACCAUCAUCACAAGUUCCUGAACCAUACCGGUCCGAGCGUUUUAAUUCACAACUUACUCACCAAGAUGAAAAUGCUUGGGUUGAGGAGGCUACUGCGGUUACUGGAGCUACAAGCGAAACUGGACUAAGUGGCGACAAUUUUUCCCGGUUUGGAGCUCGUUACGGUCUAGCAAAUUCACUAGGUAUACAUGCUAACGGUGGUACCGGCUGUAAUAUCAGCGGUGCUGCAGCUGCUUUAAUACGGUCUGAAGCGGAUGAAAUAAAAAUUUUCAAAUGCUCGUACACGUUAAGUUUUGUCAUAUCUGCAUUUCUUGGAAUCGGUUCAUUAUUGUCUCCAGUUCUAAUGCUUUUGCUCCCACUGUUUCCAUUUUGGAUUGGCUGGUCAACUGAAGGGUGUGAACCAACUUGCGAAGGACAUCUCAUCAGUAUAUCUGUAAAACUUGUGCUCCUUUCCAUUGCACUGUGGUUUUUAAGCUCCCCUUGUCGACCAUUUUGUGGUAAUACUACCGUCAUACUGCCACGUAUCCGUCUUUGUCGAACUCUUUUUCUUUGUCUUGUGUUAGUUGUUCUGUUUGCAUUUUGGUUGUUUUAUACUGUUCGAGUUAUACAACCAAAAGAAUCUGAUUAUCUUUCUAUAGUAGUUUUCGCCGGUAGUUUGACAGAUACUUUACUCUUUUUACAUUAUUCUGCUAUCGCCCUUAUGGAACUACGUAAAAUCCGAUUUCAGUAUGUCAUACACAUUGUGCGAUCCCCAGAUGGAACGUCAAAAACUUUGAAGUGUGGAGAAAUGUCGUUGCAAAGGGCGGCUGUAGAAGUUUUACAGUUCUACAUGGUGGAAUUCACAGCUUACAACCCAAAUCAAAACCCAUCCCUCAGCAGUGGGGGUGGAGGCAAACGUAAUCGUCGUGGUGGUUCUACUUCUGGUGGUGGGAAUGGUAGUGGAUCUAAGUAUAAGUUUUACGAUGUAGAUAGUGGUGGGGCUGGUUUGGGAAAAUCAGAAAAUGGUGUUACCUAUACUGUCGAGCAAUCUUCUGGUGCCAUUACUGCCCCUAGUGCUUCAGUUCGUUUGUACGAGGAAAUUGAGUUGGAGAAACGGAUACGUAAACGACGUAUGCGACUUCUUUUAGCGGUUGAGGAAGCUUUUACUCAUGUUAAGCGCCUUGCUGCUGAAAACUGUACUAAUGGGGCGACUGCUGGAGUUGUCGAGUGUGAUCAAACCUUGGUACCUUACAAAAACGCUCGAGGUAAUGGGAAGAUGUCAAAGCUUAAUUGCUCUCCAGGGAAAUCUUUGGAUCCGUAUGAGGCAGCACAAGCUGUUUUCCCUACUCUCAUCCGACCAUUACAAAAGUAUAUGCGUGUUACGCGCCAACAGGCUCGUCAUCCUGUGGAUAUGGUAAUUGAUCAUCUCGCUCUUUGUCUAGCCUACGGUCUAUCACCCCAUGCUUUCUUGGAAAGAUUUAAUCCUUUGGCUGCUACACCACAACAAGAUGCAGCUGCAGCAGCAGCAGCUAUCGCAACAGCGAAGAGAGCUAAACAUCAACAGAAUGCCAAGCAAGUUAACACUUCAGACAGUCCAGAUCCAUAUCCUAUACUUCCUAAACUGGUGCACCCAGGUGGACAGCAGGUUUGGAGUAUUGUGGCUGAUCGGGCUCUAUCUCGUAGUUUAGCAGAUGGUGCUAUAUUUCAACUUCGUCGUGGAAAUGAGCUUUCGCUGCUUUGUACUGUUAGACGCCUACCACUUAUUUAUCUUAUUGAAGAGAUAUUAGAACCCUUGGAGGCAGGUAGAUUUGUUUUACGAACUGAUAAUGCUGUAUGA